GGCUGCUUGGCAAGUGUAUUUACAAGCAUUCUACAACAGCUGCAUCCAUCAGACUGGAGAGUUCUCCUCACUCCCAGAGGUCAUCCACGUCUAGAUUGUGUCUGCGCCACUUGCGUGGGUCUGGAGCUCACUGACACGGUGGACUUCCUCCAUGAACUCUUCUUCAUUUUCUUGAUGUCGCAUUCCUGGCCUGCCUAUCCCAGCCUCCAUGCCAAUGACCGAACCUUCAAAUAUCACAAUUUCCCAACUUACCUUGUCACCCCCCUCUACGCUGAAUCGAAUCGCGAACAGCCCUGGGUGGAGAUGUUAGCUCUCCAGUCCACCGUGGAACUCAAGAUUAUGCGAGUUUUGUUUGAGGAGUGUUUACGACCCUUCUUUAUGUGCAACAGUCCCGGUCGCCUUGAUCCGAGCCACGCCAAAUCCCGUUUACUCAUCAAGUUACUCCAACGGUGUCUGGGCACUUUCGUCACUAGUCAACCCCACCUGUGGUUGGAGGAACUACCAACUAUCACCAUGGUUGCGACGGCGCCUCGUCUGCCCAAUGGUUGCCUAGGAGAUUUGAGGGUGCUUGCUGGAAAGCUGCUUGAAGAAGUUUGGCAAGCUGUGGGUCAACCGCAUCAGUCGCACUAUAUGGAGUUCUUUAUUCCCACGGUCAUGAAUAUGUCCACGGAACCAGUUUCAGAACUUCGAAAAAUCUGUGUCAAACUCAUAGUGGAUAUGCUUCGAGUGAAUCCUUUGGCCGCUGAACCUUUUCUAAUUCGUGAAGUGGAUCGUGUAAUGAACUGGGCACUGCCUGAAUUCUCUACCGAAAUGUUAGCCCUCCUUAUGACUGAAGUUCCCGACGGUGCAAUUGAGAAUUUGAGUCGUCGAACCUCUUUUGGCUUGCGUCGUGGGGUUCCCGUCAAGCCUUCUCCCUCGAACUUGGCUCUCACCGCUGAAAAAUCAAAGACUCGGAUCUUGAGUGAUUUGAUUAAGCAGAUCAAUUACCUCUGGGAGUAUAGCGAGGUUAUUACAAGACGAUCGAAACUCAGCGGAAUGUUGGCAAUCAAUAACUUGAGGACAUACUAUGAUUCAAUCAAGCGGAAGGACAUGACCAUUCGAUACCUCUUUAAAUUGGAAGAGUUGCAUGAACAAUCAGAGAAUGAUAUUGAACGAGGUUAUACCCUGGAGCGAAUCAGUGGUCAGUAUAAUUGGUCUUCAAACCCAGUGGACAUUAGUGAAGUCUCGAAUCGAUAUGCCCAAUUAGGCAGCGCUUCCUCAUCAACCCUCAAGGAGGCCCUUCUUCUGGAUGCUCUGAAGUAUCUCAAAGAGGGUGGGGAUUGGAAACGCGCUAUUGAAGUUUGCGAUCAGCUCAUUGUCUUCUAUCGUGAUGUCACAGCCGAUCUUGCCAGUCUCAGCAAAAUUCUUACUGAACAAAGUCAGCUUUAUACCAAAUUCAUAAGUGGAGACACCAGGAAUCAGUGUUGUUACAAGUACUAUGCUCUCCAUUUCACAACCCGUCCAGACUCGCCAGGUUUCAUAGGUAACACCAUAGUCUACCGCACGUUGAGCCAACUCAACGAAGUCAAAAUGACCUUGUGCGAACAAUUCCCUGAAUACCAUGUAGAAACAAAUAACCCUCAGCCACUAACCUCGACGGAGACGCAGAUCACAAAUGAUGCACCCACAAUUCGCUUAGUGAGUAACCUUCAUCCGGUGCCUGAGAUACCCGCUAAUUGGGCAACCGGAGAGGCGGCGGCAAAUCUAUCGCCUCACAUCAAAGCGUAUUAUGGGUGGAAUCAGGUCCGACAGUUCACUCGAACAUACCACUUUAAGCCAUCCAAAAGUGCUGAUGGCAAAGAAAUGCCAGUGGUGGAAGAGGUCCGAUAUACUCUAAGUGACAAGUUGCCAAAUAUUCGAACACUGAGCAAAGUGGAGUAUGCGAUCAAUACGGUGCAGGAUAUGUCUCUGUCCCUUAGUGCCAACAUUGCCGACAUAUCCUCUAGUCCAAGUCCAGGCCUCCUUCUCUCCAACUUUGUGGGCAAAUUGAGCACUUCAAUUCAUUCGCCUGUGAGUGGGGGCUUGACGGCUCUCUUGACCAGUUUAAACCUCGUUGAUGACUCCCUAGACGAAAGGCAAUCGGAACAACUCUCAGAUGCUGUAUUCCAUCUCCUUGAAGUUCAGGCGGAAGGUCUGAUGUUGUGCAGGAACUUCGAGACCACCUCAGAAGCCGCUGGAUCAAUUGCCAACCUACUUCCUACAAUGAUUGAGCAGUACAAUGCUCUAAUGCACGAGAUGAGUAUGAAGUUUGGCAUCAGCGUAUCGAGGCUGAAGGAGAAAAUGGAGUUGACCAAUCCCAUCCACACUGCUCUAACACCGGUUGGAGGGUCAGCCCCAAGUCUCUACCAGACUGAUCGAGUGUAUAGGAGGGCAACGCAAGUGCUCAACCCUGCCCAGCAACUUAGGUCGCAGGAUCUGAGCUUAUUUUCAGACGACGAGAACUUAACUUCCCCACUGAGUCCACCUCCAGAUCAGAGAAAAGUUUCCUCUGUGUCUAUUAUUCCUCCAACCCCUCCUCCACUGCCCGAGCGGCCUUCUGACCUUUUCUCUCUUAACGGAGGAGAUUCCUUAACUAGUGGCAACCGACACUCAAGGAAGUUCAGUUUCAAUGACACUGCAUCCACCUCCACUCCUACCUCUCGGUUCAGACUUACCCCUGCCAGUUCUACGACUUCCCUAACACUCACUCGCCGACCACCUUGUCCCCUGCCGCUUGAACCAGACUCCAACUCUCCGGAUGUCACCCAAACGGUGUCCUCCAAUAGCGGUGACGAUAUUCCUCCACCUCUCCCCAAGAAACCACCGAAGCCACUCUCUCAUGGUAGGGCUCUUUCUACACGUCAUCAGCUCUGUUAA